AUGCCUUACGUCACAGCCUUCACCACAUCGAGGGAGGAUUUGAAAGAGUUCCUUGAUGAGGCAGAUGAGGGAGUAAUCUAUUUCAGUUUGGGUUCAAAUGUCAAGAGUGUCAAUAUUUCUGAUAGGGUAAGAGACACUUUGAUGGAGGCUUUCGCAGACUUACCAUAUAAAGUGCUCUGGAAGUAUGAAUCUGAUAACUUGGUUAACAAAUCACAUAAUGUGUAUAUCAGGAAGUGGCUUCCACAACAAGAUAUUUUGGCACAUCCAAAUAUCAAAGUGUUCAUCAGUCAAGGUGGUUUGCAAUCGUCAGAAGAAGCAAUUUCUCGAGGUGUUCCAAUAUUGGGAAUACCUUUCAUUUGUGACCAAGAAAUGAAUAUGAAACGACUGAUUCAAUUGGAAGUGGCAGUUGGGGUGGAUUUUGUUACAGUCACUAAAGAAGAAAUCGUGGAUGCUGUUAGGGAGAUUAUAGAUAAUCCCAAGUACAGACAAAAUAUGAAGAAACUACAAUCACUAUGGGUGGACCAGCCAAUGACUUCUAUGGAUAGGGCAAUGUGGUGGAUCGAGUACGUCAUCAGGCAUAAAGGGACGAAACAUCUUAGAAGUCCCACCGCUGAUGUCUCCUGGAUAGAAUAUUUAUUAUUAGAUGUGAUUGCUGUGUUAAGCUCAGCUUUGGUUAUAUUUAUAUUUUUAGUAACUGUGAUAGUCAAAUUUUUUAUUAGGUUUUGCUCUAAUGAAAAAAAGUUCAAAAUUCAAUGAUUGAUUGAAAAACAACAAAAUUUUCAGAAAAUAUAGUUUUCUUAGAGCUUAGAGUAUAAUGAAUUGAUGUGAAUUUUCUGACUGAAGUUUUAGUGAUAAUUUUUCCCCUUUCACGGACUAAAAAAA